CUCGACACCAGCAGACGGAUGGCCAGACGGAGUGAGCACACCAGACCGCCCAGAUGAUGUUGCGUAUGCUCAUCCGUCCCGACCAGAAAGAUUGGGUUGACCGGCCUCCCAACAUCGAGUUCGCCUAUAACACUUCGGUGCACCUGGGGAUCUGCGUCACACCAUUCGAGUUACAUCAUGGUGGAGAGAAAGCACGGAUCUUCGCUGAUCUCCUUCUGCCACAGGCCGCCGACAUAGACGUCCCUUGCUUUCCCGCUUCCAUUCGGAAGUAUCGGGACUGGCUGAUCAAAGCCCGUGCAAAUAUGCAAAAGGCUCAAAUCCGCAUGCAGCAGCAAGCUAACCGACGUCGACUUCCAUGUCCUUUCCGCGAGGGAGAUCUUGUUUGGGUCCUCUCCGGGGAAUUUGCGUUCGAGCAGGACGUUUCGCGCAAACUCCUUCCGAAAUGGUUCGGACCAUGGGAAGUUACUUCUGCCGUUGGAGACGACCCCGCAGGUCCUUCCUUUGUGGUCAACAUUCCACCGCACCUUCCAGUGCACUGGGUCUUCCACGUGUCGAAGCUGGCCAUCUACACGCCACCUUCAGCUGACGAGUUUCCCGGCUGUCGAUCACAGGAUCCGCCUUCUAUGGACGGACAUCAAGAAGUCGACCGAGUCAUCACGCACCGCAUGUAUGGCAACAAGCCAAUGCAGUUCAAAGUCACAUUCAAGCAAUGUGCGCCUGACGACACUCGGUGGAUCUCUAGUGCAGACUUGCAGACUUCUGCACCCCUUAUCUUCGCCGACUAUGAGAAGCCACGCCUUGCCAAGGAAGCAGCUCAAGAGGAGGCACUGAUGUAUGUGCCCAGGGAAGAACAAGAGGCCGCCAUGAAAGAGUGGGAUGCAGAAGAAGACCCACUCAAGCGGCAGGCGAUAGAGGAUGAGAAGAGGAUGGAGUGGAAGUUCCGAUCGACGAGGGAGAGGAAAAGAAGAAUGGAGGCGGCGAGCCAGGUGGCGAAAAAAUUGGAGGUAAAGAAACAAAGAGAACAAAUGGCGACGCAAGUAGACCUACUGGGGAAAAUGGAGAUUAUGGCGAGAAAUAUAGAGCGCCUGGCCCAAGUCCAGGAAGAACAAUAUUUGUUUGGUAGAGGUCAGGACAUUGCCUUACGCUCUAUACGGCUGGGGCUCCGGGACUUCGCCAGGGAAUUGGCGACGCAGGUGGGCUCAGAGGUGAGGGCCCGCCUAGAGGGCACGAAACGUUAUUGUACGGGCGCCAUAGAAGGCACCAGAUUGACUGCUCCCAAGGAGGAAGCACGUCCUCGAAGGGAGCCUGUCAUGGUCAAGUUCGAUGACUCCUAUAGCAGAAAGAAAGAGGAGAAUUUUGACAAUUGGGAAGCCAAUGUCAAAACCUACGUCCAUCUGCAGAAGGUCUCCUCGGACGAGCAUGUCCUGAUAGCCAUCCAUGCACUUCGAGACGACGCAGCAAGCUUCGUCCGUUCCUUGUGCCGCGCCGCUAACUGCAAUGAUGAUCUAGUCGCUUAUUCUGCGUUCACUCCCCUCACCGACUUCCUUAAGUUAUUGCGUGAGCGAGUUGCAGACGUUACACGUAGUGUCAAGGCCUCAGACAAACUGCAAACCAUCCAUUCUCGCCAAUGGAAGAGUGCCAGGGCACUCAAGGGCGUUGUGGAUGAGCUGGUCACCGUCCCUGACCAUGGGGUCACUGAGACCCAGUUGGUCAACCUCUUCUACCGCGCUAUGCCCGAGCAGUUACGCGGGCAUUUCUUUGAAAAGAGUCGGCAGCCUAUCAUGACCUACGAUGCACUGAGCAGGGAAGUGGUAGCAUUCGAAGCACGGUCCGCGAUCUCCUCUUUUUGGCAUAAGGACCUAGAUAAGGGCAAGAAGUGGAAGGGUCGCACCAUCUCGGGUCAGGUCAAGACCAAAGAUCGUUUGAUCCUUACGUUAGAUGAGGGUGGUGUCGACGAAGUCCCCUACGAGCAGAUUGAGUGGGGACUAGAGGAGGAGGACAAUGGCGUUAGCCAGGGGAGGACUUACGUUGCUGUCGCGAUCGGAGGGAGGCCGCAAGGAGGAGUAGUCUAUUUAGAUGACAUUCUAGUGUUCAGUAGGACCCUCCAUGGGCAUGAGGAUCAUCUAAGGCAGGUCUUGGAGAAGCUCAGAGAGGCUAACUUCAAGAUCAACGCAAAGAAGUGCGAAUGGGCAAAGACCCAAGUUCUGUACUUAGGCCAUGUCUUAGACGAAGACGACAUCAAAUCGGAAGAUAGUAAGAUCGCAGCAAUCAGAGAUUGGCCUACACACCGCACGUUGACAGAGUUGCGGUCGUUCUUAGGCCUAGCUAACUACUACAGGAAGUUUGUAAGAAACUUAUGCACCAUCGCUGCUCCCCUUCGCAGGUUGCUGAAGAAAGAAACAAUCUGGAAGUGGGACAACGACUGCACGACUGCCAUGAAGAAGUUGAAGCAGGCAUUGAUAGAGUACCCAGUUCUUAAGGUAGCCGAUCCGUCCUUACCUAUCGUUGUCACCACUGACGCGAGCCAGUAUGGUAUAGGUGUUGUAUUGCAGCAAGACGAUGGCAAUGGAUAUAGACCCGUAGAGUUUAUGUCUGUUAGGAUGCCUUCAAAGAAGGUAGCAACAUCUACCUACGAGAGGGAACUCUACACUCUCAGGCAAGCAUUAGAGCACUGGAAGCACUACUUGCUUGGGAGGCACUUCAAAGUCUACUCGGACCACGAGACAUUAAGGUGGCUGAAGACGCAGGCCAAGAUGACACCUAAGCUUACUAGGUGGGCCGCAAAGUUAGACCAAUAUGACUUUGAGCUGAAGCCAGUCAAAGGGAAGUAUAAUAAGCGGGGAAUGGUUGGCAGAACAAGAGCUCUGACACAGAGUGUGCCUGCACAUAGAUUAGCGGAUCUAUUGGUUGCGACUUUGGAUGGUUCUUUCGAAGGACGGCUGGCAAUGUUGGAUGCUGUUGAUUUAAAGCAACGCUUGACGAGGGCAACUGAUUUGGUUGCAGGCCAUUUGCAGAGUAUCCGCAUUACUGAGUCAAUCCACAAGAAGGUGGAGGACAAACUGUCCAAGACACAGCGGGAUUUCCUUCUUAGGCAGCAGAUGAAGGUCAUCAAGGAAGAGCUUGGAGACAAUGAGGACGAUGAUGAUGAUGUGGCGGGGUUGCAGAGGAAAAUGGAAGCCGCCAGAAUGCCGCCAAAUGUCUGGAAACAAGCUCAGCGAGAGCUCAGGCGGUUGCAGAAAAUGUCUCCGCAGCAGCCUGGCUAUGGUAGUUCUCGACAAUAUCUUGAACUGCUAGCAGAUUUGCCUUGGUCUACAAGCAGCGAGGAAAAAGAGAUCAAUUUGGAUGCUGCGCGUGAUGCGUUGGACAAAGAGCAUUUCGGUCUUGGCAAGGUCAAAAGGAGGAUUAUAGAGUAUCUUGCGGUACGAAAGUUGAAGCCAGAUGUGAGGGGUCCUGUGUUGUGUUUCAUAGGAGCACCAGGGGUGGGGAAGACAUCACUGGGGUCAUCCAUUGCGAAGGCGCUUGAUCGAAAGUUUGUACGGAUCUCACUUGGCGGCGUAAAGGAUGAAGCAGACAUCCGAGGACAUCGACGAACUUACAUAGGAAGCCUGCCAGGAAGGCUGAUUGAGGGAAUCAAGGUUGGUCUGACGAGKGCCCGAGAAUAGCCCUCAGUUUCAGGCUAAAAAGGCUCAGGCCUUUUUUUAGGCUGAAACGAUGCAGGGCCUGUGGGCCCCGGAUGUC